AUGGAGGACAUCUAUUCAGCCUCUCGGGAAGGAAACCUUCGCUUCGUGAAAACAUGGCUGGAAAAUACCUCAAACGAUCUAAAUCAAGGGUAAGCUAAUAUGUCAACGGUUGUGGAAAUUGAAAGAACUGUCAGUUGUAAUCGAGCAAACUACGAUUCACGGCUAACGGGUUGCAAGUGAAUCAUUUUAUUUUAGGCACUUUACGCAACUGUUAACGCAACAGUUUACUGACCGUAUGUUUUCGUGCAUUCAAACGCCAGACACUUUGCAUGCUGUGCCAUACAGUUUUGUGAAACAACAGCUUUUUAUGUUUAUACUGUUAACUUGAACGUCGUGAUGUGGCCGAGUCUGGCUGAGAUCGCGCGCAUUUUCGUGGUCUUUCAUUGACAACUCGAUUUUUCUUUUCUCUAGAGAUGAUCAUGGCUUCACACCACUUCUUUGGGCUUCGAGGGAAGGGCAGACAGCUGUGUUCGAUUUGCUUCUAUUACGAGGAGCCAGAGUAACAGCUGUGAAUGACGGAGGGGAUAACGGGUUGCAUUUGGCCGCGAGUAAAUCAAAUAAGGAAAUUAUACAACGGGUGAGAAUGUCAUGUUGAAUACUACAGUGAUUUAAUACGAAGUUGAAGCAUUCUUUUGCGAACGUAAACAUUUUAAAGUAAUUGGAAAUAAAAGUGGUGUUUUGGGAAUUAACUCGAGAACUCCUAAAGUAAACAACUGCGAACUCAUCAAGCAUCAGUUUUGUUAAGUGGUGUUAACAAGUUAAGGCAUCCUUUGUCUUGCUGAGAAAAUGCGUUCAAAUUGUCCAAUUACAAACGCGUAGCAUACACAUGCUAAUUACAGUAUAUUUUGAAGUUAGUUGUAGUUAUGAACACAGCUCUAACUUGUAUUAAAAAGUUUGUUGAUCGAUAUCUCUCUGUACAUAUGAAGUGAAAUCUGUCCCAUGGAACAACUCCCUUCUUUUCAUCAGCAGUUUUCAAUGUCAUCAUUGUUUUUAGACACAGUAUAAUAUAUAUCAUUGGUACUUGGAUAAGAGCUGUAAUCCUUUGACUCUUACAGGGAGUACAGUAGUUAUUAACAUGCUAUUUUUUUUACCAUAUGAUACAGCACUUACAAUCUAAUUGUAAGUACGUUUGAGGGAGGGCUGCUCAUUAUAGAGGGGUGCUUAUUAUAGAGGGGCACUUAAUUAAGAGGGGGUAGAGGUAAAAUUCAUUUUCAGGUUAAAAAAUGGAUACUUCAAGGGCUAAAAAACAAAGGAAAUUCUGAAUCUGGGUAGGUUAAUCCUUUCAGCCCCAACAUCAAGAUGCAUCUUCUCCACACCGUUCAUCAUAUGUUCUUUAUGGUACUGCUUGCGAGAAUUUGUUCUAACAUCAUAACAUGUCAUCUUUGGUGAUCAUUUAAUUCAUUCUCAUGACCUGUAUGUUUGAUCAGGCAGUGUUAUUUUUGGGAGAAAUGGGAUGUGGGUCACUAUAGGGGCUUGGUUCAACCAGAGAAUGGAUGUUAUGUACAAGAUUUUCUCCUUGCCCCAGGUAAAUAACAUAAUAACUUUGUUUCAUAGCUACUGAAGCACAAGUGUCCUGUAAAUGGAAGCAACACCCAUGGCAAUACUCCUCUGCAUUAUGCCUGUUUCUGGAAUUCCGAGGAGUGCGCUGAGGUAAUUUUUUUUUUGUCUUUGUCUUUUGUCAGAUGCUUAGCACAUUCUUAAGUUUACAUGGCUAAAAUAUAGGAUCAGCAUAAGAUUCUGAUUAACAUCCCAGACUACCCCUCCCCUCCCCUCCCCUAACCAAGCAUUGACAAUAAAUAACCUCUUAAGGUUUGGUAAAACAGGCAACAAUGAUUUGCAAUUUGUUUUGCUAUGUUGCUGCAAAGUGAGUUGAAUAGUGAUGUUGCACAUUUUACCACCCAUAAAUCAAACCUGUCUUACAACAAAUCAGGUUGUUGCAGGUUGCAAAACAUUGUCACAAAAAGUAGAGAGAGAUUCUACUUUUUGCAACAAAAUCUGUACAUGUUGUGCAUUUUACGGGCUCAAGGCAAACUUGUUUUGCAGCAAGUGAUGAGAAUCCUCUGUAAGGCUUGACUCCUGUGUAAUUUUAUCCAAUCAGAUGUCAGUAUUCACGCAACUUGCAACAACAUGAUUUGUUGCCAGACAGGUUAGAAUGUUGGUGGUAAAAUGCACAACAUAGCUUUUUAACUCAUUUUGCAGCAGUGUUGCAAGUUGCUCAUUUUUGUUGCCUGUUUUACCAUAGCUUUACAUUUGGCAAAGGAAAAUGAUUGAUUCUUCAUCUGUUUUUAUGGUAUUUUGUAUAAAUUGAACAGGAACUUGUAAAACGAGGUGCACUGGUGUCACAAUGUAAUAAAUAUGGAGAGACUCCUCUUGACAAGUGUAAACCAUACCUCGCAGAGAUACUGAGAGGUGAGCCAAUAUACAGCUGUUUCUAGAAAGGUUGUCGGAAGAAAUGCGCACGUGACAAUCCCGAAAGGUAAUAUGGGAUAUGAUCAAUACACUGUUUGUAACGACUGAAGCUGUUGAACCUACUUUUGUUGCUUUCCUGUAAUACUCACAAACAUAUGUCCAUGGCCUCCCACGCCAUUCUUUCAAAUUUCUUUGAAACAGGGCCCUCAAAGCCACCCACAAUACCUUUCGGGAUUGUCGCGAGCACUUUUUCCGACAACCUUUCUCAAAAUAGCUGUAUAAAAAGGAGGUAGCAUUUUUGAGCUGUAACAGCGUCAAUCUUAAAACCAGGGGACAAAUGACCACCAUCAAGAAUUACCAAUAAUUUAUAACAACACUACAUUAUUUAUUUCUAGUGCUGCUUUAUUGUCAAUUUUAUUAAUCUUCUGAGCCAAGCUCCUCAUGCUGUAUGAGGGAUGAUUAGUGUAAGUACAAGUUAGUUACCAUGACAACUAUUUGUUUACUUGGAACACACUGUUUCUUUACUUGGUCUGUUUACUUGGUACAGAUAAACCAGGACUACUAACGCUAACCAGGCAGCAAGCAACUUGACCCAAAUUAAUAUUCAACCUUUUGUGAAUGAUUUGAAUAUGAUGCGGUCAUGUCUCUAACUAUGCUACUUGCUUCGUUCAGACCUUGCUGCUCAGCUUGGACAAGAUCUUAAAAGAAUACCAUUUAAAGGUAAAUCAAUCUUUCAUAUGAAUUCCUGUAUACAGUCAGCUCUUGCCUUGCAGACACCCCGCUAUAACGGACACCCCGAUAAUACAGACAGCAGCUAAACCCCAGGUGAAAAUUAAUUACAGACAUUUGACUGAAAUAAACUCAGGACUGCUAUUACGCACUCUUGCAAAUGAGGACACUAACUUGAGGUCCCUACAGUUUUCAUUACAAAGAGAGUUGACUGUAUAUGUUACUAUGUCUGAAGAGACAGUCUGGUCAAUAGACCAAUAAUAUUAUUUCAAUAGUAUAUUAAGGUUCUACUUGGUUCUGAGGCUUAGGGAAAUAAAACAAGAGAAAUCAUCUUGAAUUCUUUUGUUUAAGCCUCAUCGUCAAUUAAGAAUUUGAAUGUAUUGAAACUGGUCUUUUAAAAUCCAAACUUUAUAAAGCUUAACUACCAUUGAAAGACUGUGUAGCAUUCCUCAUUAUCCCUCGAGGGCAUUAAACAUGCUACAAUGUGCCAGUGCUUGGAUACCUUCUCAAUUUCCCUCUGCCCUUGACCCACAUCACACAUAUAUGGCCACUCAAAUGAGGUGACAAUCUUUGAAUCUUCUUGACUUGAUUUUAACACAUACUUGGUUAAUACGGUACCGAAGGGGGCCCUCUUGUAUGAUUCAAACCCAUAAUCAAAUUAAAACAUGUGCCAAUGGUAGAGUGUCUAAUGUAAACCUAAUCUAAUCUCAUUCAAAUAAUGGUGCCACAACAUUUCUUCUUUAAAUUUUUAGAUUAUCGCUCAAAGACUGGCAAAAAAGAUGGUAGGUGCUUUUGAGUGUUUAUUCAUUUAUCUGUUACUUUGCUUGUAAAUAUUGUCAUUCAUGAAAGUGGCUUAUACAUUCCAUCCAGUUUCUUUUAAACCUUCUGGUUAAUGAUUGUUUUGUGUACGUAUUAUUUUCUUUUACACUUGCACAGAUUUGCGAGAUAUUAAGUCAAGACAUUCAUGGAUUCAACCAUCGGAGAUUGAUUUGACAAACAAGAUUGGCAAAACUGUUACUGGAGAGGUAAGGCAUUUUCUUCCCUCACUCAGCCAGGGGAAUGAUGAAGUUAGUAACCCCAGAGGGCCAAAUAUAAAAUUUGCCGGUGCCAUUAAGCCCUGUGGUAGUUCUAUAGUAUUCUCUUGUUAUGUCUGAUUUCAGGUCAUUCUCCAUGUUCUCUGUUUAGAUUAUUGGUUGCAAUAUUUAUAUGUGUUUGUUCUGUUUCAGGUUUGGAAGGGAAAGUGGAACGAUAUACAUAUCAUAGGCAAAAAACUUGCUAUAAAAAUAGUAAACAAAAGAAUCUCCAGAGAUUUUAGUGAAGAAUAUUCCAAGUUAAGGUAAUAACUUAAUUUCCUUUAAGUUCUGUUUUAAUAGACUGCCUAUUCAUCUAAAAGAACAUAUUGAAAUGAUAAUAUCAUUAUUUUUCCUUUCAGAAUAUUUUCUCAUCCUAAUGUUCUUCCUGUGAUUGGUGCUGUAAAUGAUUCCAAGAACUUAGUAGUGUUAUCGCAGUAUCUACCAUUUGGUUCACUUUAUAACGUCCUACAUGAAGGAACAGGUGGGUAAAAUUAAUAUAAUUCUACACUAAACAUCUUUUUAUUUGGGUAUCUUGUUUGCUAUCAUAUUUCAUUACUGUACUAUAAUAGACAGUGGUAUUUCUGCCCACCUAGGGGUACACAUGAGUUCUAGAAAUUUCAGUAAAUACUGAGGUCCGUCAUAAUUAUUUUAUGGUAUGGUACUUUUGGCAGGUAUUAUUGUGGAUCAACAACAGGGAAUGAAGUUUGCUGUAGACAUCGCAAGGGGAAUGGAGUAUUUGCAUUCUUUAGAACAGUUGAUCCCAAGACUAUACCUGAAAAGUACACACAUCAUGGUGAGUACUUGUAGUGACACAUGGGAUUAGCCUAUCAAUCAGAUUGACAGUCUACAAGUUACUCAUGUCUGGCAAAAUAUUCGCCUGAGAAAACAGCCAACAUUUUCACAAUGCAACUUCUGGUUUCCCCAUGAAGUGACAAUCUGGUUAGUGCUUCCGAUUGGCUGAAGCAAAUUUCCCACGUAGCAUGACCAAUCAGAAGAACUACCCAGAUUUGGGUAGCAGUGCGUCAUCAGUAUAUGGAAUUUCUGCACUUGUUUCUCACACGUCAUUUUGCAGGGAAACCAGUGGUGGUGUCUUGAAAUGUCGGCUGUUUUCUCAGGCUAACAAAUUAUGUGAGGGGCUUUGUUUCAAAAGAAAUUGUGGUAUUGUGUUGGUGGGGGAGUAAAACACUAAAGGUUGGUUUUAUCAAUCUGAUCGAUGAGCCAGUGAUACAUUGAAAUUACUGGUACCAUUGUAGUAUCAAGAAGAUUCAAUACUGAUGUUUCAGGCACUAGCCCAUCCUGUAUUUAUUCUGAUGAUGGGCUAGCACUCACAAUACCAGCUUUGAAUCUUUUUAUGUCCAGACAUUCCUAGUGAAGACUGUCGAAACUGGGUAUAAGAAUAUUGCGACGUGUCAAAGCGCCAUGCUUCAUUUUUUGAAGAAAGACAAGAAGAUACAGAGUUUCAGUUCUCUUGUUUCACUUGUGUUUGCUAUUUUAACUGUUAUUUCAGAUUGAUGAUGAUCUUACAGCAAGAAUCAGCAUGGCAGAUUAUAGAUUUUCUUUUAUGAACCUCAGCAAAAUAGAAAGUCCAAACUGGAUGGCUCCUGAGGGUGAUUAUUAAAUUUUUUAAAUUAUUUUACUCAAUUUUAAGAACAGUGUUAAAAGGUUAGAGGUUGAUUACAAUAAAUAUUCAUGAAAUUUCAUUUAGUGUCUGAGGCAGGGGGGAGGGGGGUGACAUGCCAAGCUAUUGUUUGUUGGGCUCCUUCUGUAGGUACCGUGCCACAGAUACACACAACAAAAGAAACAAUACAGGCAAACAAUUAAGCCCCCAAAAGAGCUCUAUUGUUUGGUGCCUUGGUUUCUUUUGUGAUGAUGGUACCUGCAGAAAGACCUGGUUGUUGACUUGAUUGCAUGGUGAUUUGAAGUGAACCAGGUCAUGUGGCUAUGAAAUAACCGAUCUGGUUUUAAAAUACAAGAUAAUAAAAAAGUGUUAAGGUGGUAUUUGUCCAUUUUUCCUUUGCCUGGUUACCAGUAAGUGAAUUUUUAGUUCUGAUAUCACAAUUUUCAAGUUGAUUUAGACAGUUUUCCAAAUAAGAUAUGUCUACAAUAACAAUGCCAGUUUACAGAAUACCUUGUAACACAUAUAAGCUAAUCUAAUUAUCCUUUGUUUUCAGUUUUACAAAAAAGCCCAGAAGAAGUGGACCAGCGGUCUGCCGAUAUGUGGAGUUAUGCUAUGAUCCUCUGGGAGCUUGUGACAAGAGAAGUUCCGUUUGGAAACCUGUCACCUAUGGAAGUUGGCAUGAAGGUUGGUGGAGCCAUUUAUCUCUGAGAGUGAUGAGAAUCAAGAUUCUUAUUGUGUCAAUGUCAAUGCUUAGGCAGUCAGUAUGUCAUAAGAAUCUAGGACAUGAUCAAGCACAAUAAGUUUGUUUAAGUUUUCCCCUCUACGUCUGUUAGACACAUAGUACUAUUAUUUGAGCAAUAAUGGAGAAUUGAUAAUCAGGAUUAAAGGUUUAAAUAACUCUUUGAAGGGCCUGUUACAUGGAGGUGUGAGACCCCAGGUAGGUGAGGUAACCCGCCUGUUCAUAUAAUCUCUCAUAUGGUCACCCCACCUAUCAUGUGACAUGACCAAAUGAAAAUGAGAUACCGUAAAAUUCCGAAAAUAAGCCCCUCCAAAUAUAAGCCCCCCAAACCUCGUAACACAAAAACCCUCCGUUAAAUCGCCCCUCUAAAUAUAAGCCCCCGGGGGGCUUGUACUUGGAAACUGCCCUGAAAUACAAAGUAAAACAAAGCAAAACAGUAAAUUUCCUUCCAACCAUACGGCUAGCCCAAUCGAUCUUAAAACACAAAUUUCCUUCCGUAGAUAAGCCCCACCAAAUAUAAGCCCCUCCAAAAAUAAGCCCCUCAAAAAGGGGCUUUGAAAAAAAAAAGCCCAGGGGCUUGUUUUUGGAAUUUUACAGUAUCAUAUGGACAGGCAGGUUACCACACCUAACUGGGUUAACUGGGGUCCGGCCCACCUCCCCGUAAACAGGUCCUAAAACUAUCAUUAAAGAAAUUUAGAAUCACACUGAAAAACUUCAAAAACGCCAGAUUAAGGUUGACAAUUUCUCAAGCCAACAAAAACUGUCCAAAGUAAUUCUUAUGGAUAAAACCAGUGCAGUUUGUGUAGAACUAAUGACUAGUUUUUGAAGGGAUAACUUGGUCACAUGGUACAAAUUAAGGUUUGCCAUUUGCCAAAACAUUUGUUCUCCCUCUAUUGCCAAGCAUCUAUUUUUGAAUCCCUCUGUGGUAAUAAUCAAUUUUAUUGACCUAAGUUUUGUCUUUUAUUUUUCCAUUUGUCUCCUCAGGUUGCUCUAGAAGGCUUGAGACCUUCUGUUCCUCCUGGUGCCUCUACACAAAUGUCAAAACUAGUGAAGAUCUGCUGGAAUAAUGACCCAACCAAAAGACCAAGAUUUGAUCAAAUUCUUCCAAUUCUCAGCAAGAUGGCUCAAUAAAAAUUUACACAGCUAUAAGAAAAAUAUAUAAAAUUAUUACAGAUAGUCACCUCCUCCCCCUGAAAAACUUGAUGUGUACAGCUGAAAGAGUCAUCUAAAAUGCAGCUCCACCCAAAGUAUUCUUAAAAUACCCCAAACAAGUGAGUCUUCUUGCACGUUUAAGAAAAACAUGCAUGGUUAGUCACCUUGAGCAACCCUUUAAAUAUCAAGUGCCUUUUUCUUAACACAUUUUAUAAAGAAUAAAUAUUUUCGUAGGUUAUGAUAUAGAAAUUAAUCACUUCCAACAACAGUCAACCAUUGAAAAUAAAAUUGGGACAUGAAACUUGAAUGAACUAUAUCCUGCUUGUAAACAUAUCGACAGAGAAGCAGCUGUACCAAGCUAAUAAUUAAUGUGAACUUCCUCGCACAUAGUAUUUGAAACUCUACUAGGGCAUUGGUAGUCUCCCAGCCAGCCAUUUUUGUCUUGUCAUU